AUGAGCGCCCCGAUACAAGGCGCUGCAGGUGGGGUGUUGGAUCGUGACGACUUCCAACACCUCACUACGUUCGAGUGGGAAGCACUGCGUAGCUUCGAAGUCUUUGCCGGCAUCAGUGCUGUUGUUGCCGUGCUGAAGGAUACGCCAGAGCACCUCCAGCUUGUCACGAUUCAAGGCUUUGUCGACCGUGAGCUCACUGAUUUUCGUCAGCGAGCCCUAACUUUCACGGUCGUCAAGACGUCAGAUGUCGUCAAGCUAGACGUCUAUAGCUACAGCGGCGAGGGGUCGAAGCUCGUCGCCCUCAAUCGCUGGCUCUACAAGGUGGACAUUAUUAUCCAAGCUCGCCAACUCACGUCUGAGUUCUCGCGCAAUCACUUCCUCCACUUUGAGCUGACGGGAUGGUGA